GGUAUGUUGUCCCCAAGCAACCAGGAUCAUUACUGACCACAUUGUCAAAUGGGGGAGGACUUGGAUCAACAAAUGAGCUUCAUUUACUGGAUGUACAAAACGAGGUCAAAGGAGUGAGACCUCCACCCUGUGAAGAUUUCACAUUGACGAAGGUGGACCAACACAGGGCAGUUCUAUUUGGAGGGCACCAACUUGAAUGUGAUAGGGUCAACGACGUCUACCUGUUUAAUUUUAAGAACAUGGAGGUUGCGAUCACUAAAGUGGAGCCAGUACAGGGAGAGCCAUGGCCAGUGGAGAGGUCAGACCAUGCUGCCUGUUGUCUCAAUUAUGGCGACAAUCAUUCUCAAGUACUGGUAUAUGGAGGAGUGGAUAAUGACCUGAAGGUACUGGGAGACAUGUGGACACUUGACGUUGACACUGGGAAGUGGACAGAGGUAAUACCCCCUGAGUCAACGUUACAGUCACUCCACCACUGCCACAACCAGGACUCACUGAGGUCCUCGUGUUUGGAGGCCGGACAUUGUUUGAUCCACACAUUCAGAGACCACUGUGUUGAGAUUUGAGUUGGCUUCACCCUCUACUGGGAAUUGGGCUCUUGUAGAUGUGGCCCACAAUGAUACUAGAAACUCCAGCCAGCGACUGAGGGAGAAAAGUAUAAAGAUCAGACAGGCUCUUGCUGCAUCAGUCAGAGAGAGUAGCGACUC